UGUUCCUCACCCUCUUUCUUUUUCCCCUUCUCGGAAUCCUUCGUAGCCAAAGCAAAAUAAUAUCCUGUUUCCAUCAUUUCAUGCAAGGAAAAAAAGAAAAAUACUGAACCAGCUCCAACUUUACCCAUCACGCCAAAAAUAUAUUUAGUUUUAUGUUAUGCAUAACUCUCGCAAGGGGGUGGUGGCGGUGGUGGUCGUCUUUCCUUAAGGAGACAGAUCAGAAUUGUCUUUUCCCUUUAUUUAUGUAUUUUAUAUAUUUAUUAAGGGUUUGGUUCUUCGUUUUGUGAAGUAACAGCAGUGAACAGCCGUUUUCUUCUUUAGCUUUAGUAGCUGAACUGCCCAAAUCUAAAAUCCCAAACACCUCUCUCCCUCUCUCUCUCUCUCUCUCUAUUUGGUGUCAGUGUGCUUGUUGAGAGAAGCCUUUUCCUUUGAUUUUUUUUCCCUCUUGGGUUUCAGUUAAAGUAGAAGGCAUUCUCUCUUAUGCGAUCAAGAAGAGAUCGACGCAUGCGAGUGCUGAUGAGUGAUCAUAAUUCCAAGAAUUAAACAAAGCCAUGAACGCAAGCCCCAUAAGCUCAGUGAGCAGUUCCAGCCUCAUCGACGCCAAGAUCGAAGAGCAUCGCGUACUGUCUGCAUCCAAACUCUGCCCUGGCUGCGGCCACAAGAUCGAUCCAAGGCCGGACUGGUUUGGGCUACCUGCCGGAGUAAAGUUCGAUCCGACAGAUCAAGAAUUGAUAGGGCACCUGGAAGCGAAGGUUAAAGCAGAAGAACUAAGAUCCCACCCUCUGAUAGACGAGUUCAUCCCCACAAUUGAAGGCGAAGAUGGCAUCUGCUACACCCACCCUGAGAAGCUCCCAGGGGUGACAAAGGAUGGCCUGAGCAAGCACUUCUUCCACAGGCCCUCCAAGGCCUACACCACCGGCACGCGGAAGAGGCGGAAGAUAAUAAACCUGCAGAGUGAUCAGGAGGAGCAUCUCCAAAGCCAGAGAGGGUCAGGGGAGACCAGGUGGCACAAGACAGGCAAGACCAGGCCCGUGAUGGUCAGCGGCAGGCAGAGAGGGUGCAAGAAGAUCCUGGUUCUCUACACCAACUUCGGGAAGAACCGGAAGCCCGAGAAGACCAACUGGGUGAUGCACCAGUACCACCUGGGGGAGGCGGAGGAGGAGAAGGAAGGCGAGCUGGUGGUGUCCAAGAUCUUUUACCAGACCCAGCCGAGGCAGUGCAACUUCUUGAUUUCAGAGAGGAGUUGUAAUGCAAACAGUAGUAAAGUAGUAGUGGAGAGUGGAAGUAGAUCCUCCAAGGAGGUGGCGAGCAAAAGAGACCAUGUCGAACAUUCUGUCUCUGGAUACAGUAGUGGCAUUGAGGUGGUGCACAUGAAGCCAGUUGAGGCCUUUAGCUUUGCUCCUUUUAGAGAAUGUUUUUCUGAGGUAAUUACACAUGACGAUACCGCCAAGGCUCCAAUUGGGAGAUCUGAUCAUGAGCGCGGAGGAGAGCUACAGCUACGGGAUCAUCAGGUGGUGCAAGCCUCUGCAGCUUUCCACAUGACAAGGCCUCCUCCUAUGAAUACCAUCUCCGCCAUUAAUGCGCAGCUUUCCUCCUUGCAAGGCAUUGCAGAAGACCCUUACCAUAUGCUUUUGCAUGCCCAAAAGUCUCAGCAGCAACAACAACAACAACUACCGCAGAGACAACAGAAGGUGGAUAGUAGAUCUGCUUCUUGUUUGGAAGAAGUGGUUAUGAGUUGCACCUCUGCCGGAAGUAAAGCAGAAGCAUCAAUUCCAGAGGCUCAAGAGACAGAAUGGCAGUACCCAUACUGCUGGCCACAAGACCAAGAUCAUCAUCAUGUCUAAUGAGGAAAAUGGACAAAGCCAAGAACCAUGAAUUAUGAGAAGAAAGAAAGUAAGAAAGAAAGAAAGGGAAAAAGGGUAUAAUCAUGAUCACUCUGCUGUCUUUAGUGCUUUGUCAAGUUGAGAAAGAGAAAGAUUUGAACAAAAAGAUCUAUUCAACACAUCAGGUUUGGAUAAGGAAUCAUAAAACCACAAUUUAAUACAUACAAUUGCAAUUUGCUAAUAAAAGACUGUUUUGCCAAAAAAAA